UGACAGUAGAUUCUCUGAUGUCAGGAGCCAUGAAGGUUCCUUCACUGACUCCUUUGAAAAACCACAGAUCCGCGCACUAACUUUGAAAAAUGUCCAGUCCAGCUGCGCGCGGUGAGACUACAACGAAUCACAAUAUUACAUUGAAACUAGAGACCUAGUCUGGACAGAUCUGGACAGAUGCAGAUGUUUUGAUGAGAUGCUCUUUAUUGCACUCAGGCUCCCAAAGCUGAGACAGAAAGUGAAAAUUACCUGGGAACAAUUUCCUCGAAGAUUAUGUUUUUUCUCAUUCUUCAUCCCAUGUAUGUUCUUAUUACUGUCAGCGGAUCAGAGUGUACUUUGAGAUUGUGAAGAUCAAAUUAAUUUUGAAGAGAAUGAGGAAAUGUAAUCUAAGCUUUGGGACAUUUACGCACACAUAGUUAAUUAUUCUCCUGCCACACGUGUGUGCGUAAAGUGGAAGUCUGAGCGCGCACAAAGGCGGAACAUCACUGCGGGAGCAGCUGUUACCAGAUGCGUUAUUCGGAGGAGUGAGGGCUAUGGACGGUUCAUCGAUUGAUUUCACUGGAACCAUUUUUCAUCCAGUUUCCACGGUGGUCCACUAUGGUCUCAUCCACGAUUCCUGAAUGAAUUCGAACUGAAAAUGAUAACAUUUUUGCUUCUUUUGUUUCUGCGUAAUGUGAUUUAGAUCUAAUAAGGAUUCAUUGUCACUGAUGUUUCGCUCAAUUAUGGCUCUUUUUUGGGUCCAGUAAGAGAAGCUCACAGCGUCAGACGCGUCUGCGGCGGUGAAGACCGGUGGAGGGACUGGAGAACUCGCGGCGCGCAGGAGAAUUUCUCUCCCUCUCUUCAAAUCGGAGCUAUUACAACAGAAAAAGGAGCGCCAUGGUGAACUCGCUCAUACUGCUGCUCAGCUGGACGCUGAUCUCCGGGGUUGUGAGAGCUCAGAAUGAUACGGAGCCGAUCGUGCUGGAGGGAAAAUGUCUGGUGGUGUGCGACUCCAACCCGACCACGGACUGGAGGUCUUCGUCCUCUCCGCUCGGCAUCUCCGUGCGCGCCGCCAACUCCAAGGUGGCUUUUUCUGCAGUCCGGAGCAACAAUCAUGAACCGUCAGAAAUGAGCAACAAAACAAGAAUAAUCUACUUCGAUCAGGUGCUUGUGAAUAUAGGAAACUACUUCACAUUUGAGUCUGUCUUUCUUUCCCCAAGAAAAGGAGUCUACAGUUUUAACUUCCACGUCAUUAAAGUGUACCAGAGCCAAACUAUACAGGUUAACUUGAUGCUAAACGGAAAACCAGUCAUCUCUGCCUUUGCAGGGGACAAAGAUGUGACUCGUGAAGCUGCCACCAAUGGAGUUCUACUUUAUCUUGAAAAAGAGGACAAAGUUUAUCUGAAGCUGGAAAAGGGAAAUCUAGUGGGCGGAUGGCAAUAUUCAACGUUCUCUGGCUUUCUCGUUUUCCCUCUGUAGAAGAAAAUAAAAAGCAAGAAAAAAGAAAGAACAAUUGUAAGUCUACAGACUUCUUCAUAAUGUGUUGUCACAGUAUAAUCCAAACAUUGCUGCUUCAUCUGCUGGAUUCAGCCAAAUGACUGAGAAAUGACAUGAAUAAAAAUAUCACUACAUGGAAAGGAAGUGACUUUGGAAAAUGCUCAGAUUCUGGGGAAAAGUCAGGUUUGGAUCAAAAAGACUUGAAAUAUUCCUAAUUGCUACCACGUGUUUCUGUCACUCAAGCAGCCCCAGAGAAGAGCACUUGUAAAAGACACUGUUCAAACUUUGAUUUGCUGAAAUAUGCUUAGGAUGCUGUGAUUUUCUUUGUGCCACAAUUAUGGAAUUUAGUUUCAUCUGCUUUUGUUGGUGUAAACUGUAUUUGCCUUUGUUGGCUGUAUCAACUACCAUGACCAAUGUAUACAUAUGAGAACAUGAGAGCAAUGAAUCUUAAUUAGACCAGCAACACAAAAUACUCGGCUUCUGAGUUUGUUGGAGCAGUAACUUAUUUUAGAAUCAGUUCAAAACAUGAAUGAACUAAGCCACUUCUUAGCAUGCUAACAGAGGCUUAAGUUUUCUAAAUGCCUACUUUUAUAAAUUUCUAUUACUUCCUUCAAUUUCAAUGUUGUAGGAAGAAAUGCUGCGAUGCAUGAAAAGGAUCCAGAAUCUCCUUUCCACCCAUAAACACAGAAGUAGACAGAAUUUCAUGAGCUACCGCUCAGCUAACAUGCUAUUGAUUUUUCAUAUAUGUCAAAAUGUUCCAUAGCAUGAGCAGUGUAGCUUUUACACACCGCGUACACUACAUGUGUACCACCUCAACGGUGUUUUUGCAACUGCUACUCAUUAUUGCAACAGUGGCACAACAAUUACAAACCUUUUCAGAUUGUAGACAAUCUGUCUGCGCUAAUGAAGAAUCACUCACCUCAAGCUGCCAGAUGCUUGAGAAGCUGACAACUUGUACUUUAUGACUAACAUAUAUCUGUGUUCACCAACACAGAUAUAUGUGUUGGUGAACUUGUAAAAGACAGAUAAGACCAGAUAAGAAUGUAGUGUAGGGCAAAUCCUGAUCUCAUCCAAGGAUCAGUAUUUGAGGACUUUACUGGGGAAUGUAAAUCCUAAUUAUUUGUGGAAAAUUUGCCUAUUUGCAGAUUUUUUCACAGAGCAUACUUAAAAUAUUCAAAAGAAAUGCAACUUUGGAAGCUGAAAUACUUGUGGACAAUCCUACCUAACACAAUAUUGCAUUGCAUUUGUAAACCAGCCAAUCCAGGAGUGCCAUUCAUUUUGAAUGAACAGCAACCUUAAUAAAUGCUAUAUUUAACAUUAUAAAUUCCUGGAACAAAAUAUAUAUCAUACCAAGUGCUAUUGCUUUAUUACAUAACGUGAAGUGACUAAUUUGUCAAGCAUAACAUUAUGUUGUAUCGUCUAUUUUAAGAAAUGAUUUAUUUGCUUACAAGUAUCAAGUUUUGUUAAAAUAUAAAUGUUAAGGCAUGGGCUGGUGUUUCUAACAGAGAUUCCAAAUCCACUUUUGGCAUUGAUUUAAAUUUGACAAGACUUCCAGAGGAAGAGAAAGGAUUCUGAAAUAAAAGAUUUAUUAUUAGGUCCUCAGAAAUCUGAUGUUCGAAAAUUUUGCUGAGUCAUAUUGUAAAUUUGUGAUAUGUGUGACCUUAAGAACCAUAAAAUGAUUACAGCUGAGAAAACAAACAUUGAAUAAAAAGCAGAAGACAAGCAAAAAUAACCAAACAUCAUAUGUAAUAUUCCAUCCAUAUCCCUCUCCCUGUCUAUCCAUCUGGUGUUAUCCUGAUUGAGCAGGUCUGUAAUUAAGGUCAGGUGCCGUGUAAUCCAGUUGGCAAGUGAGGCAGGCGCCUAUGUUUCCACAUUCCUGGCAUCAUAAUCUAGCUCUGGGGAUGAUUUAAUUUCCAAUAAAACUUGCUUAUUAUGACUUUAAGUGUGCAAACAGCAUCCCUUUUUACACAAUCAGCUUGUGGUUCAUGAGCCUUAAAGCUGAAAAGGCUGGUGAACAUGCAUUUAACUUGUACAUUCUUGCAGCAGCCUCAGUAUAACAGAACUUCUGUUGAAUUUAAACAUUUAAAUGUUGCUACUCAGCUCAGCGUGCGAUGGCUUCUCUGCAAACAUAGAAGCAAAUUUACUCCUUCUGUAAACUAUGGAAGUCACGAUUAGUCUUGUUUCAACCAGAAAAAAAUCCCACUUUCUCAUGUGAAAUGCUGUCUUACACUAAUUAAACUAAUGGUUCUUAGUUCUUGUGCAUUGUUCCUUUAUUUUUUGUUUUUGAAAGAUGAACUAUCCUAAAUAUCACAAUCAUAUUCUGUAAGAAGCUAUAAAACAAGGAGAUGGACUGUAAGGUAAAGGUGAUAUUUAUCUUAGCAGACAUCCUGAUAGUUUACAGUGACACACAUCAGAAACUGUUGGAGAAAAUAAGACAGGUUUUAACAGCAAAUCCAGAAUAUUCUCUGAUAAAGUUCUGUCCCAAAAGGUUCUUUCCAAAGAACAAAACAUUAAAGCGUUUAUCAAACUCCUCAGUAGAGCUUCAUGUUGGUUUGUUGAUUUUAAUUGUCACAGAAUUGAAACAAAUGAAAUGUGUAUCAGCUCAGUUACAUUUAUUUGCUGAUGGGGGUGAAAUUCCUUGCUAAUGGUUGACAGUGCUGCUAAAACUCCUGUGGCUUCAGUGGGUGAUUAUUUUAAUAUUUAUACAAGUUAUUUUUUUCAGUAAAUGUUUAAUUGUAUACAUCAGUGUAUUCAUGUAUUAAAGAAUAAUAACAUUGAAUGAUGAAUAAACAUUGUUUUUUUUUUUAUGGAUUCAGAUCUUCUUAAGCUUGAAUGGAAAAAACAUUUACACCAUUAAGCUUUUUGGACAUCUUUUUAUUUGAAAUCCACACGCUUUUUUAUUUCUUUGGAACUUUAUGUGCUCUACCACCAACACAUACAAAUGCAAGGUAAAAGGAAUAUUAAAACAUCCAAAAACAUGUGGCACAACUUCACCUGCCCUCCUUUACCUCAGAUUAAAUCCAGUGCAACACCAAGCAGUCAAUUAAACCGCCUGCUGUGCCCCUCCUAUUCACAGUUCAGUAUUUGUAGAUUUUUCUGUGGAUCAUAACUUAAAAUUUUUCCCAGAAAAUCUGAAAGAAGAUGCAGCUUGUGAAGCUGAAAGCACCAUUGUGAAGUGCCAUUCAUGUUCCCUGCUGCUGAUUGGCUAUCAGCUCAUGUUGCCAUGAUUGCAGAAUCAAAGAGGCGUGGCUUUCAACUCAGAGGGGAUUUCCUCUGGGAUGUUACCCCAGGGAUGUUGCAAACUUCACGCAUGCUGUCCAAAUGCAUUUAGUGCUUUUAAAAGAAAAAGUUGUUGUUAAACAUCCUCAGCAUCUUACUAAAUGCUUUUCUUUAGGUAUUACUUGUCUAAUUAAGAGUGUUUUCAAACCAGAUAGUGCAGUACUCGGUUUGACAUGAUACGUAGACAUGAAUAUGUCACAAUGUUCUCUUUUUAUUCAUUCUGAGUGGAAUGUAUGAUUCCAUUGUGCAAAUAUAACAGCUUAUGUUGUCU